CAGCUCAAAACAGUUUGAUUUUGGUUUGUUUGAUUUUAUUCGCGAGCUUUAAAGUACAAGAAUUCAAUGAGUUGUGAAGUAAAGUUAUAACAGCACGCAAGUUUAGUCAUUUAUCAAAUAUAAGUUGCUACGCACAAAGAAAAACAUAUAUUUUAACUUUUGGCUGGUGUGAAUUUGCUAUUCGAUUGUCUGUCCCAUAAGCUUAAAACUGGUUUGAGUUUACAUACACACGUACUAGAUACUUAAUAGUAUGUUCAGCCACAUGUAAACAUAGUAACUGUAACAAAGCUGUAACGCUAUUUAUAUGAUUUUCUCUAUCGACAUUUGCAACCAAAGAUUGAAAAAACAAAAUGCAACAAGCCCUCGAUCUAAUAGACAAAAUGCCUGGGAAAGGCAAUAACUAUAAUCGGGAGCGCGCCCGAGAUCCACGAGAGGAAAUACUGCUUGAAACGAAUUUCGAAGAUGACGGAGGUGUGCUAACACGCGCCUACAACAAUAAUCCGUACCAUAAUCGACGUCAUAGUGCUUACCAAUCGGAGCACUCCUUGGACAGGUACACAGAACGCGGUGGUGAAGCGGACUGUUGUCAAUCAUGUAUGGCGCGUAUUCCCUACGCAACGCUAAUAGCAACACUUAUGUGUCUGCUGGGUGUGGGAAUAUUCUGUGGUACCAUGUACAGAGGCGCCUCUCUCACGGUUAUAAUGAUGGAUCAAGUGUUUCACCUGCGUCUUAUAUGGAUUGAAGCAGUUCAGAUGAUAUUUGUCAUAAUUGCCGCUGGUAUGGCAGCUCUUGGGUUUAUGAUUCUAUUUGUGGGCUUUUUGGCCACUGGAGCUACACGCUAUAAGGUUUAUCGGGCAUGGCGCUCCCGUGUAGGUGGACGCAUCUCUUGUGCAGUUCUUAUGGGCAUUACUUAUUUGCUAAACUUUGUGUGGACACUUAUUCUAUGCUUCCUCGUUAUUGUAACAUUUAUAUAUACCAUGUUCUGGAAUAUGUGCUCGAGCGUAGAGCAGUCCCAAAGUUGCAUUGACUUGACUCAAUUCCAUUUCAUGUUUCCACCAAACACCAAGCUUGAGGAUAUGAAAGUUUGUGAAAAAUAUGAGCAAAAAGCAUUCUGCAAGGAUGGUGUUGAGAACGCAGAGGUCAUGUUUAUUUUGGCCACACUAUCUACGCUUUUGGUCAUACUUAGCCUUGUACAUUAUCUGAUGUGUCUUUCUGCUAACUAUGCACAUAUUCGUGAUCACGAAAAGUUUCAGGAGCUGCAGGAAAUACAAAACUUGAAUGAGCUAGAAUAUAGCGCAACUUCAAAGGAUCGUUUCUAGGACUGGAUGAAAAACAUUCAAUCACCAAUUAGGCAUAAAGAAGCCAAACGACACCGAAAUGCAACGAUAUCAAUGCUUACUGUUAAGCUUUUAUUUUCAACCCUAAGAUUAAGUUUAUGCUAACCUUUUUAAAAUAUUCACUUAGUUAAAUUAUUGUUUUGAUACAUUUCCACUAGAUUUAGGCCAGCUGCCAUUUAUAUAAACUUCAGUCUGACAGAGGCACUAAAGUAUCGCACAACAGUAACAAUUAUGUACAUGUAUGUUAUAUGAUUGCUUCUGAAAGCUUCUAAAAUUAAUGGAGCUAAGAGUUGGCAUUUGCAAAGAGUAUGCAGUUUCCCCAAAUGUCAACAUGCAACACAUAUUCUCCGUCCAAAAACUUUUUUGAGUUAUAUCGCCGAUAUCUUUUUAUUUUCAUUGGUUUCUUUUGUCUAUUUUAACUAUAAUUGUAUAACAUAAG